AUGUCUCUCGAGAAUGGCCAUUUGUCGUCCGCUGAUGAGCCAGCUUACGCGACUCUGGACACCAAACCUUCUCGUAGCGAAAGCGAACUUUCAGAUGUCAAUGAUAUCCCCGACCAAGCUGUCACCGAGUCUACCGAUCACGUCAUGCAAGACGUCGCUAGUCCUCAGUCAGACGAAGAUGAAGAUGCAGACGGUUCCGAUGAUGGCGAUUACGACGCCCCAUCUCCUCCCUCAAGAGCGAGCGUCGACUCCCGUCAUAGUAGCGUAUCCUCCGAUGCCUCGUCGGUGCCCCGCAAGCGCAAGGCCGAGCCAGAUGUAGACGAUGAUCAAUAUAUGCAAGAAAACCCAGAACUAUACGGCCUUCGUCGAAGCGUGAGUCAAGCUGUUGUCCUGCUUAUCUUGCUCUUGCUGACCAGUCUCAGNGGUCGUGCUCGUCCAACUCGCCGAAUCAUCGAAAGCAGCGAUGAAGAGCAAGACGAUGAUGACUCUGGCUCAGACGUCAACCCCGGCCGCGCCCGCAAACGCUUACGGCCGGCCACCUCCCGCAAUGGUACCUCGGUCCUUGUCCCUUACAUGCUUUCAUUGCUAACGUAUAUGUGCUUGUANGCUUCAGUCCGUCAAUCCGACUCCGAAUCUGGAUCAGACAGCGAUACUUACGGCGGUGCACGUGGUCGUGAAUUUGCAAAGAAGCACCGUCGCAGGCUGCAAGGAGCUUCAUCUCGCUCUGCAUCGGGACUUGCAGGUGACCUUCGUUUCUCUACAAGACAAGCUGGCAAAGUCACGACAUACAAUGAGGAGGAUGGCGACGACUUUAGUGAAGAGGAUACCGAGAACAUGACACCCAACUACUGGGUUGCCGCUGAAGACAACUCUCCUGCCAUAGACAUUGUUCUCAAUCACAGAGUUGGCGAGGGCAAAGGUUUGUUCUUCUACGUCUUUAGUCGUGUCAAAGCAUACGCUUACAAUCCCCGCCUGCANGAUACCGAGUAUCCCGAAAAGCAAGACUACGAAUUCUUCGUCAGUAUCCUACAACGAUCAUUGCUUGCUUCUGCUAACAUCAUUCUANNGAUCAAAUGGCAGGGCAAAGCACAUUACCAUGCUACAUGGGAGCCUUGGACCGAGCUUACUUCUGUCCGUGGCUUCCGUCGUCUUGAAAACUACUACCGCAAAGUAGUCGAGGCUGAACAAUUUUUGGCUCAAGAUCCUGAUGUCGCCCCGGAAGAGCGCGAAAAGUACACACUCGACCGCGAGACGUAUCUCGAUGCUCUAGACGACUAUAUGAAGGUCGAAAGAGUAAUCGGAGAACAAGUCGGCAACGACGGCAGAGAGUACUUUGUCAAGUGGAAGUCUCUUCCCUACGAUUGCUGCACUUGGGAAUCAGAGUCGCUUGUCAGUGAGCUGGCACAAAACGAGAUCGACCGCUACCUCGAUCGCUCAUCACGACUGCCCACCUCUGAUAAACGCGAGUCAAACUUGGCUACCCGCUCGCCAUACAAGCCUUUCCGCACACAACCUGACUACAUCAAGUUUGGUCAGCUCAGGGACUUCCAACUGGCAGGCAUCAACUUCCUUGCACACAACUGGUGCAAGGGCAACAAUGUCAUCCUUGCAGACGAGAUGGGUUUAGGAAAGACUGUUCAAUCAGUCUCUUUCAUGAGCUGGCUCAUUCAUGACCGUCGUCAAGAAGGACCUUUCUUGGUUGUCGUACCGCUGUCGACUAUGCCUGCUUGGGCCGACACAUUUAACAACUGGACGCCGGACCUUAACUACAUUGUCUACAAUGGCAACGAGGCUUCUCGUAAGAUUCUGCGUGAACACGAACUCCUUGUUGAUGGCAACCCAAGAAAAACUAAAUUCAACGUCAUGCUCACGACCUACGAAUACAUUCUCCUCGACUCCGCCUUNUUGUCUCAGAUGAAGUGGCAAUUCAUGGCUGUAGACGAGGCACAUCGGUUGAAGAAUCGAGACUCACAGCUAUAUGUCAAGCUCAUGGACUUUGGCGCCCCAAGUCGUCUGCUCAUCACGGGUACGCCUCUGCAGAAUGAGCUCAAAGAGCUGUCUGCCCUCAUGGACUUCCUCAUGCCUGGCUUGAUUAACAUCAACGAUGAUAUUCCGAUCGACGAUUCUGAAGCUACCAGGCAAGCUCUUGACGAACUGAUGAAAGCAAUCUCGCCGUAUAUGAUCCGUCGCGUGAAGGAGAAUGUCACUAGCGAUUUGCCGGGCAAGACUGAAAAGAUUAUCCGAGUUGAGUUGUCAGAUGUUCAGUUGGAGUACUACAAGAAUAUCCUCACACGCAACUACGCCGCUUUGAAUUCCGGCACCAAAGGACAGAAGCAGUCGUUACUGAAUAUCAUGAUGGAACUCAAGAAGGCCAGUAACCAUCCUUUCAUGUUCCCUAACGCCGAAGAUCGAAUCCUCGAAGGCAAGACUGGUAGGGAGGACCAACUCAAGGCUCUCGUGACAAGCAGUGGAAAGAUGAUGCUUCUUGACCGUCUCUUGACCAGAUUGAAGGCUGAUGGUCAUCGUGUCCUCAUCUUCAGUCAAAUGGUCAAGAUGCUUGACAUUGUUGGCGAUUAUCUGCAUCUUCGUGGACAUCAAUACCAACGUCUUGAUGGUACCAUCGCAGCCGGUCCGAGACGUCAAGCGAUCGACCACUUCAAUGCUCCUGACAGCAAGGACUUCUGUUUUAUCCUUUCUACCCGUGCUGGUGGUCUCGGUAUCAACCUUAUGACAGCUGACACGGUCAUUCUGUUCGAUUCAGACUGGAAUCCUCAAGCGGAUCUCCAAGCCAUGGCACGUGCCCACCGUAUCGGUCAGAAGAACCCUGUCACAAUCUACCGCUUCGUAUCGAAAGAUACGGUUGAGGAAGAAGUCUUGGAGCGCGCUCGUAACAAGCUCAUCUUGGAGCACAUCACCAUUCACCAAGCCAUGACAGAGAAGGAAGCCAAGGCGCUUAGAAACAAGCUGGAUUCUGCUGGUGUAUCCACCGCCGAGCCUGUAGCGCAUGACGAUCUGUCCCGUAUCCUCAAGCGUCGUGGACAAAAGAUGUUCGAGCAGUCUGGUAACCAGAAGAAGCUUGAAGAACUUGAUAUUGAUGCUGUCCUUGAGAAUGCCGAGAUUCAUCAAACCGAACAGGCAGGUGCCGGCAUCACAGCAAGUGGUGGCGCAGACUUCUUGAAGAGUUUCGAGUACACCGAUGUUAAGCUUGAUCUCGAAUGGGAUGACAUCAUCCCCAAGGAGCACCUCGAGGCCAUCAAGGCUGAAGAGCAAGCAAAGAAUGAAGCGCAAUACCUGGAAUCCGUCAUCGAAGAGAACCAACCCAGAAACGCAAAGCGGAAGUCUAGNAGAAGACGAUGCCCGAGAACAGCGUGCCGCCAAAAGCGAGCUCGAGACCUCGCAGCUCAAGCAGCGGCUGAUAUCGAGUCUGACAACGAGUCCAACGCUGGCGCAGAUCCUGAGCGCCCCAUGAGUGAGAAGGACAUUCGUAACUUGAUCCGCGCUUACGAAAAGUAUGGUUCGAUCGAAGAACGUCAAGACGAGAUCAUCAAAGAAGCCAGACUUGUUGGUCGUAAUGUCGACCUUCUCAAAGCCACUCUUGAUGAGGUUGUGGGCAUCAGCAAGAAACUCCUCCAGGAGGAGCAAGACCGUGUCUUGGCCCUUGAACGUGAGACUAACAAGCCAAUCACCAAGAAGGACAAGAAGGCUGUUCUUUUCGAUUUCAAGGGUGUCAAGCGUUUGAACGCCGAGACCUUGACCGAGCGUCCUCUGGAGAUGCGCAUGCUUCGGGACGUCGAGAAAACCCUCGGUCAAAACUGGCGCAACUUCCGUAUCCCAGAGGCUUCCAAGCCUGCUCACUACACUUGUCCCUGGGGAGCUCGCGAGGAUGGCAUGCUGUGCAUUGGUAUCGCAAAACACGGUUAUGGUGCUUGGGUGGCCAUUCGUGAUGACCCUGAUCUUGGUAUGGGCGACAAGUUCUACCUCGAAGAACACCGUGUGGGCAUCAAAGAAGAGCGCACCAAGGCUGACGAGAAGAAUGCCAAGUCGCCCGGAGCCGUGCAUCUCGUAAGACGUGCAAACUACCUCCUCAGUGUUCUCAAGGACAAGACGAGCAACGGUACCAACCUUGCAGCAAAGAGAGCGCUUGAAAACCACCACCGCAACAACAAGAAGGCUCUCGGCUCUAGCAGUCGCCGCCCUACCAGUGUAUCGGCAAGUCCAGCUCCUGGCGCGGCUCGUAAGCUGAACCGCGAGGAGUCUUACCGCUCGCGUCUCCACAAUGACCAUCGUGGCUCAUCCGACCGUCGCCAAUCAUCCAACAACGUUGGCCACAGAGCAUCACCUGGCGGAGCCGAGCGUACUGAUAGAAACAGACACCACCGCGACUCUGAAACCAGAAAGCUGCCGCGUCAUGCUGGUUCUCCUCUGGCUACCUCUAACGGAGAACGCUCAGCAUCUGAUGACCACAUGAGGCGUAUUGUUGAACCCAUCCGUGACUGUCUGGGUCGCAUCAGAAAGGCCACGAAGAGUCACAUCCCGGACGACAAGGAGCGUGCAAACAGUCUGAAGGAAUCCUUGCAAACAGCUGGCAAGUUCUUCAAACAGAAGGCGGCCGAGAAGGGGAAGACGGUCGAGGACAAACUUUGGGACUAUCUUGCCGAGACAUGGUGGCCGCAGGCUAAGAAUGUCGACAAACGCACAUCGGGUCAAAAGCUCCGAACGUUGUAUGAGAAGAUCGCAGCCGCAAACAAGGCGGCCUAG